GUAACCGCCUUCUUGGUGCGCCUGCCGUGAACGUGUGCGUGUGUACAACAUACCUGUUGCCGCUGCGGCGGUGCGUGUUCCGUCGCCGCAUUCCGUAACCGCUUAGCCAUCGGAUCGGACGUCCGCCGCCGCCGCCGUCGUCGUCGUCCUCGUGUAUGGGAAGAGAAGAAGAAACAAUAAUAUUAGAUAACCGACGCCGCGAGCUCGUGUCUCUGGUCUGCGUUCCGUGUGUUUACUUGUUUUUUCUGUGGCCGCCGUCACGUUGACGGGUGCACUACCCCGUUGGUUUUCUGAUUUUUUUUUUUUCUUUUCUCGCCAUCCCGCGUUCGUCGUGCGCGUCUGUUUUUUUCGUCGUGCUCUCGUCUCCGUCCAAAAUUGAGCGUUUGUGCGCGUCCGGCGUGUUCCUCGACCCUCGAGGAUGCUAUAACGGGUCGGAGACAUCUUGUAGCGUGGACAUGGAACACAGGGAUUACGGGGAUCGCGUGUCACCACCGCUUUCUUCUCAACAACAGCAGCAACAGCAUCAACAGCAGCAACAACAACAACAUCAACAGCUUCAGCAGCAACAACAGCCACUACCACCUACACAACAACAGCAACAACAACAGACACUGCCACCCCCUGCUAAUCAUACUGAUCAGAAUGGAGAUCGUAUUGUGUGGGAAUUCCAUCAAGUUACCCUAAAUCGCGUACCUGGUUAUGGAUUUGGUAUUGCAGUAAGCGGUGGCAGGGACAACCCACAUUUUGCCAAUGGUGAUCCUUCAAUAGCUGUAUCUGAUGUCUUAAAAUCUGGUCCUGCCGAAGGAAAACUAAUGGUGAAUGAUAGAAUAAUGACUGCAAAUGGUGUGUCUUUAGAUAAUGUUGAAUACGGUACAGCUGUUGCUGUGUUAAGAGAAUGUGGUGAAAAUGUUACGUUAUCAUUAAGACGUCGUUUAGUGUUGCCUUCCAAUACACCGCAUACAAUGCGUGUUCAUCUAACUAAAACUAGGAAAAAAGAUGAUUUUGGAAUAGUUUUGGGCAGUAGAAUAUUCAUUAAAGAAGGUACAAAAGGUGGUGAUAAUAGUGUACAGGAAGGUGAUGUUUUAUUGAAGAUUAACAACCAUUCCGUUACGGAUGGUAUGACUCUGAAAGAAGCGAGAAGACUUAUUGAAUCCGCUAAAGACAAACUAAGUUUAACUGUACGUAGAGAAGGUAGUGCCAAUGGAAGUUUACAAUAUUCUGGUUCAUCUGAACCAACAUCUCUACAUAAUAAAGAAAAUAACAACUAUAUGGAGGGUAUCAAUGGAUCAACAUAUCCAUCACAAAACCUGUAUGUACAACCACCUAGUAGAAGUAUGUUAGAAGAAGCUAAAAGUAAUUUGGCUCCUCGUGGACGAUCUCGUAACCCUUUAUUAGAUUCUGUUUCUUUGAGCCAAUUAGACAGGCCUACUUCUGCCAUGGAUAACAUUACAUCUACUAAUAAUUUAAAUAAUGGUGAUCUUGGACCUACAUAUAACCAUGGUCGCAGUAGAAGUGGGGUUGAUGAUCAUUCAGAACCUCCUCGACCACCACCUCCAAGACCUGAAGACUAUUACAGUACAACUAGACAAUUUUAUGAAGAUACUUUACCUCAAAGAUCCAAGCAUUUAAAGCCUGAUCCACGUUUUAUUACAUUUCAAAAAGAAGGAUCAGUUGGUAUUCGAUUAACAGGUGGUAAUGAAGUUGGCAUAUUUGUCACGGCUGUUCAACCAGGUAGUCCUGCAUUCACUCAAGGCUUACAGCCUGGUGAUAAAAUAUUGAAAGUCAACGAUAUGGAUAUGAAAGGGGUGACACGUGAAGAAGCUGUGCUGUUUUUGUUGAGCCUUCAAGAUCAAAUACACUUAAUUGUUCAACACCGUCGUGAUCAAUAUGAACAAAUUAUGAAUAAUCAACGAGGCGAUUCAUUCCACAUUAAGACUCAUUUUGAUUAUGAACAACCAAACAAAGGCGAAAUGAGCUUCUGCAAGGGAGAUGUAUUCCAUGUAAUGGAUACUUUACAUAAUGGUGUUGUAGGUUCCUGGCAAGUGUUCCGCAUAGGUAGAAAUAAUCAAGAAGUUCAAAAGGGUAUAAUUCCAAAUAAAGCAAGAGCUGAGGAAUUAGCAACAGCACAGUUUAAUGCUACAAAGAAAGAAAUGAAUGCUUCUGAAAAUAAAGGAGGUUUCUUUAGACGUCGAAAAAACAAUCAUCGACGAUCAAAAUCAUUAAGCAAGGAAAAUUGGGAUGAUGUAGUGUUUGGAGAUAGUAUAAGCAAGUUCCCAGCUUAUGAAAAAGUAGUAUUAAGUCAUACAGGGUUUGUACGACCAGUUGUUUUGUUUGGACCAAUAUCUGAUAUUGCUAGAGAAAAACUUACCAAGGAUUUCCCUGAUAAAUUUUUAUCUCCACAACUUGAAAACAACACUACUGAUGGAAGCAAAAAAAUCAGUGGUAUAAUACGACUCAGUGCUAUUCGUGAUAUUAUGGACCGAGGAAAACAUGCUCUUUUAGAUGUCACUCCAAAUGCUGUUGAUCGUUUAAACUAUGCUCAGUUCUAUCCUAUUGUUAUUAUGCUGCGUGCAGAUAAUAAACAAGUGAUCAAAGAACUUCGUGCCGGGUUACCUAAAACUGCCCAUAAAAGCAGUAAGAAACUACUAGAACAAUGUCAAAAGUUGGAAAAAGUAUGGUCACAUGUAUUUACAUCUUCACUAACACUUAACGGAGGAGAUGCUUGGUAUCGAAAACUAAGAGAACUGAUUGACAAACAUCAGAGUUCACCGACUUGGGUCAGCGAGACAAAACCUGAAGAAAAUCUGUCUGAUGACCUGUUAUUCCCGAUGACCUCCUUACGCUUGUCAUAUGCAUCAUCUCCUGAAAGCGAUAUGGAAACUAGUAAUACAACAUUAGCAUCUCCUAUAUCUACUGCUACGGCUAGUCCAUCUGCUAUUGGCUCAAGAUUAGUGAAAAGUUCAAGCGAUCCAAGUAUUACAACUCAAGACGAUUCUGCCAUUCCUAAUUACAACCCACCUCCACCAUAUUCACCAUCAGUGUUCAAACAAGCAAGUUAUGAGCCUCCUCAAACAAUGCGUAUGACAGGACCUCCUACUCAUACAACAUUAAUAGUAAAUGGUAAUGGACCUCCAGAUUUACCUCCUCGUGUUGAUAGAAACACAAAACCAUUACAUGGAAAUCGAGGUAAUAGCCAAAGAUCAGCCACGGAUAGAUUAUUUAGUCCAAAUGGUGUUGAUGAUAUACCAAAUUAUAUAAAUGCAACUCCUCAUCAUCAAAGAACCCACACUAGCACAAGCAAACAACUCUAUGAUAUGCACAAUAGUUAUGACAGUGUGUCAUCAUAUGACAGUUACGGUGUACGUAUGAAUAAUGGCAGCAACGGUAGUGCAAAUUUAUCAACAACUUUGUGUUCAAACUCACAAGAUGAUCUUAAACCGGGCAGUAAUAACACUCUAGGAAGACAUCAUGAUCCUUAUAGAUUUACUAGGUCAACUCAACAACCAGUUGACACAAAAAUAUCAGAUUAUCCUAAAUACAGACCUCCUGGUGGUACCUCUGGAGGUAUGAUUGAGUAUGCUACUAGUAAACCACUUCCAUUGCCAAAAUCACCUCCACAGCAACAACCCUAUAAACCUGUCCCACCACCAAAACCUAAAAACUACCGCCCCCCAGUGCAGCAGCAGCAACAACAGCAGUAUUAUCAACCACCACCACCAAAUGGUUUUCAGCACUCAAAAUCAUUCAGCAUGGCUGACAGUACAUAUUCAUCACACAUGUCCAAUGGAAUGCCAUCAUCACCCAGUAAGUACUCAUCGGAAUCAACAGAUGUGAACACAGCCGAUUCAGGCCAUGGUAGUAGCUUAGACAGAGGGUAUGAUCGUCGUGGUGGUAAUGGACAACAGCCAUCCCAGCAGAUGGAUCGUAGUCAUAUGUAUUACAAACAUCAUAGAGAUCCAAACACACUGGAUCUUACACAACAUCGAGACCAACGAGGAAGCGCAUUUGAACUUUAUAAAAAACCAUCAGUAGCUGGCGACCAUAGAAUGUCAAAUGGAGGUGACCUCAGAAUGUCAAAUGGAGAUCACAGAAUGUCUAAUGGCACUGAUCAUAGGAUGUCUAACGGAGGUGAUCAUAGAAUGUCCAAUGGUGGUGGUCACUUCAAUGUGGAUGCACUACGGUGACAACGACAGUAUCCGGUCAGAUUUUAAAGAUAAUUUGAUCGGAUGCAGUUAAGUUCUAAAGCUUACCAUAAUUUUAUCUCAUUGAAUUGUAUAUUAUAUAAAGAAAUUUAAAGUAUGUUCAUAAAUUUGUUUUUUCAAUUGAUGGACUGAUUGACAGUA